GGAGAAAGUCAAAAAAGAACCACACAGCGCUCUCCCCGUGGACGUGGAAGAUGUCCUGAGCGACGGCCGGCUGAAACCGUGGCCGGCGGUUUCCGAUGGUUGGCCGAGGGCGCCGUCCGACCUGGGGCGCCCCCUCUACCCCCCGCAGGGGGGCCUGCGACGGGGGGACUCACCACGGCCGCCUACCCGUCUGGCUGCUGCUACUGCUGCUGCCACUACACCUCGCCUCACUCGUCGCGACGCAGAGCAGCUCCACGGCUACGGCGGGGGUAUCCCCGCCUACCGCGGGGGCACUCUUGCGGCGGCGGCAGCAGGCGCAGCCCAUCUUCCACAUUGGCGCCGUGGUGAACCCUCCGGACAGCACCAGCUACUUCGCACAAGCCAUAGAGGACGCCGUUGGCGAACACGGCAUCACGCUCUACGCACAGACGGUCCACAUGAACUCAAACCCCAUACGCAUAGCACAGAGCGUCUGCGAAAACCUCAUCUCCGCACAGGUGUUUGCUGUCGUGAUCAGUCACCCAGUGUCCGGCGAACUGUCUCCCGCCGCCGUAUCGUACACAUGCGGCUUCUACAACGUACCUGUCCUCGGCAUCAGCUCCAGGCACAGCUCCCUCUCCGACAAGAACUUACACCGGACGUUCCUUCGCACGGUGCCACCGUACUCUCAGCAGGCCGAUGUGUGGGUGGAGCUGCUGCAGUUCCUCAAAUACCGCUGCGUGGUCUUCAUCCACAGCUCGGACAACGACGGCCGCGCCACGCUGGGACGAUUCCAGAACAAAGCCGAACCCCAGGGCAUCAAGCUCGAACGAGUCAUCGAAUACGAACCAGGCAUCACCGACAUUACGCAAGAGUUGGAAGAAACCAAGGAAAUUCACUGCCGUGUGUUUGUGCUCUACGCAACUGCAGAAGAUGCGACGGGAAUAUAUUCCGAAGUGGCCUUUUUGAACAUGACAAGUCCAGGCUAUGUCUGGAUUGUGUCUGAACAAGCCCUCAGAGCGCCAAAUGUGCCCGACGGUGUUCUGGGGCUAGAACUAGUAAACGCAUCCGACGAGAGAGCCCACAUACGUGACAGUGUUCAAGUGAUAGCCUUAGCCUUGAAAGAACUCCAGAAGGACCCCAACAUGACUCAGCCCAACAUUAGCUGCAGCAUGCUUGGAAACUCCUGGGAGUCCGGACUCAAGCUUGUGAGCUUGCUCAAGAAACAGAAGCUGCUUCGCGGGGAGACAGGACGCGUUCGAUUCGACGACAAGGGUGACCGACUCGACAGCGACUACGACAUCCUCAACGUGGUGCGUGGAAGCCACGUCCCAGUGGGCCAGUACGUCUUCUCCAAGUGGUCCAUGAGCAUGGAGCUCGAGCUGGAGCUGGAGAAAAUGGUCUGGCCCGGGCGGCAGACCGAGACGCCACUGGGUUACGUGAUCCCCAAGCACUUGCGCGUCGCCACCAUCGCCGAGAGGCCCUUCGUGUGGGUGAGGCCUGUCGCGGACGAGUCUCAGUGCCUGCCAUCCGAGAUACCCUGUCCAUGGACCAACAGCACAGACGGUACUGCGUAUCCCUACUGUUGCGAGGGGUACUGCAUGGAUCUCCUGAGAAGCCUUGCCCGUAAACUCAACUUUACAUAUACGUUGUACCAAGUCCAAGAUGGGCAGUAUGGAACGUUUGACUUCGUAAACGGGUCGACGUACAAACGUUGGUCCGGCAUGGUUGGUGAUCUGGUGCGUGGGGUCGCUGACAUGAUCAUCGCCCCACUCACAAUCACCCCGGAGAGAUCGAUGGAGAUCGACUUCACCAAACCGUUUAAAUACCAAGGCAUCACCAUCCUGGCAAAGAAGCAAGACAAGAGUUCUACUCUGGCGUCAUUUCUUCAGCCUUUCCAAAAGACGCUAUGGAUUCUGGUGAUGGUGUCUGUUCACGUGGUCGCGCUAGCGCUUUACCUGCUGGACCGGUUCAGCCCCUUCGGUCGAUACAAGCUCCCCAACAGUGAUGCGACCGAGGAAGACGCGCUCAACCUUUCCAGCGCCAUCUGGUUUGCAUGGGGAGUACUGCUCAACAGCGGCAUUGCUGAAGGCACUCCAAGAAGCUUCAGCGGCCGCGUCCUGGGAAUGGUUUGGGCUGGAUUUGCCAUGAUUGUGGUAGCCUCCUACACUGCCAACCUGGCAGCAUUCCUCGUCUUAGAAAAGCCCGAAUCUUCGCUUUCCGGUAUCAACGACCCGAGGUUGAGAAAUCCCUCGGAGAACUUUACGUACGCCACGGUGAAAGGCAGCGCCGUAGACAUGUACUUCCGGCGACAAGUGGAGCUGUCCAAUAUGUACAGAAUCAUGGAGGGCAAGAACUAUGAGACCGUGGAAGAAGGCAUUGAGGCCCUGAAGAACAACCAAUUGGAUGCAUUCAUCUGGGACUCUUCCCGGUUGGAAUUCGAGGCGGCUCAGCACUGCGACCUGGUGACCGCCGGCGAGCAGUUUGGCCGCUCGGGGUACGGAAUCGGCCUGCAACGCAACUCCUUCUGGGUCGACAAGGUCACGCUUACGCUCCUGGAGAUGCACGAGAGUGGCUACAUGGAACAGCUAGACAGCAAAUGGAUAAUCCGCGACGGCGAAAAAUGCGAAACCAAGAAUGAACGCACUCCGGCAACGCUGGGACUCACCAACAUGGCGGGCGUGUUCAUCCUGGUGGGCGCCGGUAUCGUGGGUGGUAUAGGGCUCAUUGUGAUAGAGAUCGUGUACAAGAAGCACCAGACACGCAAGCAACGGAGGCUCGAGCUCGCCAGGCACGCCGCCGACAAAUGGCGCGGAGCUGUUGAGCACUGGGAGGACUGGGACCCCGACGCUUAUUACGAUCUGAGCCCCAGGCCUAACCGUCAAGGUGACAAGGAAAAGCUCGCGGAGCAACCGCAGCUGCAGCCCCUGUCGCAUAUGUGGAAGAAUCUGGACGUGCUCGCAGCAUCUCGAACGAGAACCGUGGGGACCAACACUGAGCCUUCGUUCCUGGAAAUUCCCGGGAGCAAAGCUAGAAGGCGACGAAGAAGGCGACCAGCCAGGGAACGAAGCUCUAGCAGAGACUUGUGCCAAAGUUCUAGUCGAGACACUGACUCUAGCAGCAGCGAUGACAAUGCUGCGAACAGUCGCCCUGCGACUGUUAAGCUGAAACGUGAGGCGUCUCCUGCUUCAAUGGUGCACUGAAGAGUGAGAACACGUCAUUCUAGAUUGACAGUUUGCAUCCUUAAAACGCUUAAUAGGUCACUCUUACCGUGAGCGUAGGUCUGAGUAGCGAUGACUACGCAAGAAACGGAAGAUUAAGGUCGUGUCCCCACCUUGAAGUUCACUCACCGUUAACCGUGAUGUAGCAUAUUGUGAUAGCAUUUUUGAGGAGGUGUUGAAACGUUUAUUAUAGAUAUGUGAGGACUACACUGAUGUUAUAGGCAGGCCAAGGCUGAAUGGGGUAACUUCUGUUAACUUUUCUAGCACUGAAACAGUCCAAAAUGCGAGAAAACACCUUGACGACGUCACAGUGACCGCACUGACAUCUCAGUCUGCCUGUGAAAUUCAAGAAGAGGAAGCUUAGCCUAGCCUUCUGCACUAGCAAUACACUAUUUUGCACAAAGAGUACUUUACCAGUCUAGUCCAUUUUAUUAUUCUUAAAACAAUUAAAUUAUGGGGUUUUACCUGCCAAAACCACUUUCUGAAUAUGAGGCACGCCGUAGUGAGGGACUCCGGAAAUUUAUACCACCUGGGGUUCUUUAACGUGCACCUAAAUCUAAGUACGCGGGUGUUUUCGCAUUUCGCCCCCAUCGAAAUGCGGCCGCCUUGGCCGGGAUUCGAUCCCGCGACCUAGUGCUCAGCAGCUUAAAACCAUAGCCACAUUUAUUAUUUUUAAAGGCGGGUGAAUAUCAUCUUUAUCAAAUACAAAUAGUAGAGAUUGAGUAUCUAAUAUGCAAAUGCAGGCAGACACAUUAACUGCAGGAGUGUUUCUUUCGGUAUAAUUAGGUAGCACGCCUAUAUCUACUAGUGAAAAAAAGACAGUUUGAAAAGGAUCAGCUAUAAAAACAAACUCAAAAUUUUCUUUAAUGUAACCGCACGAAUAGCCUCCAAAUAACUUUAGAGCGUGAUUACAAACACUACAGUUCGAGAGCGUUGUAGCGUAACAGAUAUAACUGCUACUGAAUAGGCUCCCUAAAUCACUAAGUGACAUACUACCAGAAUCAUAGGUUGUCAUGUGGGCUUCUGCCACGAAACCGAAAAAAAAAAACAGACUUGCUCUGGUCAUUUUGUUUCUGAACUACUUCGAAAACGUUUGUUGUUGCCUCACUACUCUUGCUUUGCUAUAUAUUGUUCAGCAUACGGAGAAGAGAAACCAGACAUUGUCAUUCGGUAUGUGCGAAAGACUUGGUUAGUUUCGAUAGUCGAAAUUACCGAAUAAUUUAAGAAUACGAAUACGAACAGCUAGUGUGUAGUAUUCCAUUAUGAUUCGAAGCUUCGAAUAUAUGCCCAUAAUAUCUUACUAUAUUUGAUAUUAAUUUCAAGGAUACCGAUAAGUUCCAAUCCGUGGGGUCCGCUUGUUUGUAGGAUUGGAAUACUACUUGAAAUACAUUACUUGAAGGAAGUUCUGCAGCUAGGAAAUCCUUCCGAGGGUGUAAGCAAGCUCCAAACAUGUAGGUUUUAUGUUUCCAGAGGCAACAUACACAUCCAAUCUUCACGUUGUACAAGCGCUCCAAGCGCCUCCUAGGCAAGAAAUGACGUCGUCAGCGCCUAGCUUCCGGUCACCUGGAGUCAGGUUCACAGAAAAGUCUUAAACACCUCAUUGUAUAAACAGUAAGGCUAUUUGAAGCUGAAUAAUAAUGCAGAGCGAGAGUAUCUAUUGUGCUUCUGCCGAACCCGGUCAGACGCUGGCGGCGUCAAAAACUUACGAACAGCAAGAUCUUCCGACAAGCAUGGCCACUGAUAGGAAGAAUAACAUCUUUAUUAGUUUCGCCCCCCCCCCCCUUUCCGGUGCUUCCGAUCAGUGUAUUUAGAUCUCGUAGAUCGUGAUACAGAUCUUAUUGUGCUAAUAUUUCUUGGUCAGACUCUUUUCUCCAGUGAGUUUUCCCGACGAGAUUGAGCUUUAUGAAAAGCUGGGUCAGCACCUCAACGUUGCGGUUAUAAGUAUUGUGUUUUAAGCAGAAAUACAGGUUUGCUGGAUAACUUACGCCGCCUAUAGUUCUCACUCCGAAAACACAUCUUUAGAGAAUACUUUUUUCCAGGUAGAAAGUUUAGUGCUUCCUUCCAGUAAACAGAAAAUUAAUAUCUGAUACUUGUGAACGGAAGUCCUAAUCUGUUUUUUUUAUUUGUACAUUUGUUUGUCAAACAGUUUCAUUACUUGUGUUCACAUGGACAUUUCCUUCUAAAUAUUGUUAGAAUUGUUGUUUGUUUGUCGUUUAUGACGUGUUUCUGUUACAGGUUUGUUAUGUUGUGCAUUUUCAAUAUUUGUUUUGCUUGUUUCUGUUGUAAAUUUUAUGUCACUUGUUGGUAAAAUUCUUCGUUG